AUGACUGACGAUAAGCUAAUUACUGGUCAUUACAUAAUAGAACUAAUGAAAUCAAUCAGUAACCAUCUAUUCAAUACGGAUUACUUAAUACUAUAUCGUUUAAUUGUUAUUAUUCUAUAUACAAUUUCAUCACAGAUUGGUUAUUUCUAUUUCUAUCCAAAUAAUAAUGAAGGUAUUCAACUAAUUCAAGUACUUUAUCUAUUAAAGUUCUUCACAUGUAUUACAAUGACUUUAAAUGCAAUCUACUUUAUAACUUCAAUACCAUUACAAUACUUUAAUCUUGAUCAUAUUCGUGGUUAUCAAUUCUUGGUUGUAUUCUCAUUUAAUUCGACAAUGAUGCUUUUCUAUUGGAGUGCAUUUCUUUAUGAUCCCAAAAUGAUUUAUGAAAUUGAUGAAUUAAAAAAUAUGCCAUUAUGGUAUAAUCAUUUAUGUCAUUUAAUUCCACCAGUUGCUUUGGUACUCGAUGCUUACUUAUGUCAUCCGAAAAUAGUCUCAUUCUACAAUGCAUUAAAGAUUGAAUGUUUCAUUGGAAUCAUUUAUAAUAUCUUGUAA